AUGAAAAAUGGAACCUCACACUUGGAAUUCAUCAUUAUGGGUUUUUCUGAGCUCCCACAGCAUCAGCUACUAUUGUUUGCAUUGUUCUUCACCAUCUACCUUUUAACUCUUCUGGAAAAUGUCCUUCUCAUUGUGACAAUUUGGUUGAACAUUCAUCUUCGCACUCCGAUGUAUUUCUUCUUAGGAAACCUCUCAAUUUUAGAAAUCUUUUAUGUCUCAGUAACAAUGCCCAAAUUGUUCUCCAAUCUGUUAUUGGGUGAGAAGAUUAUCACUUUGGGGGGCUGCCUCACUCAGCUGUAUUUUUUCCUAUCCUUGGCUUCUUCUGAAUGUUUCCUUUUGGCAUCAAUGGCUUAUGAUCGGUAUUUAGCCAUUUGCUGUCCAUUACAUUAUACAUCAUUGAUGAAUCACAGAGCCUACAUGACUCUGAGCCUCGCUUCCUGGCUAGGGGGUUUUCUGGCUUGUUUCCCUUCUGUAAUUAUGAUGUCCAAUUUGCAGUUUUGCAAUAAAAACACCAUCCGGCACUUCUUCUGUGAUAUCUCUCCUUUGUUGAGGCUGUCAUGCACAGAUACCUCAUUAAUUGAACUGCUGGAUUUUGUGGCAGCUCUAGCAGUCCUGAUGACUUCACUGUUAGUGACUGGGACAUCUUACAUAUGCAUCUUUUGUACAGUGGCAAAAAUCCCUUCUGCCAAGGGGAAACGCAAAGCCUUUUCUACCUGUGUCUCACACUUGACCAUUGUUUCCAUGUUCUAUGCCACCACCAUAUUCAUGUAUGCUCGGCCAAAGGCCAUUGGAACCUUUGACCUCAACAAGAUGGUGUCCAUCCUGUACACUGUGGUGGCUCCAUUUCUUAACCCAAUGAUCUACGGCCUUCGGAACAGGGAAGUAAGAGAGACCUUAACCAAAGCAAUGCAGAGAAAAGCAAUUCCUUCAAGGUGA